CUGAGCAUGCUGGGAGGAGGAAACUUGCUGGGCUGAGAGGGAGGGAUUAGAGCAGAAACGAAACAGCAACAAACACAUGCCAGGGAGAGCGAGGAGCUUAUAAAGAAUGUGGGCUGGGCACAAUGCAGUCCCCAAACCUUCCCACAAUCUCCUGUAAAACACAAGACCUUUGAGAAGGUAACUGCCCAAGUCUGUUCCUGACUACAGACUGGGAAAUCUCGUCUCUAAAAUGGAGCAAGGUGUAAAAGAGAGAGACACAAUGCAGGAGAAUCUUAUGGACAUGGAGCCGGAUCAUCCUAUUCAGUUGGUCUGGACGGAUGGGUUUGGUCGCCUGAAUUUAGAUCUAUUCGCUGCCUACGACUGCUUCUUAAAUAAGAGAUACUCAAAUUACCCAGUGUUCCUUCUCUGCAUCAUUGGGGAGAAACGGCGGGGCAAGUCCUUUCUGAUGAACUAUAUUAUGCGGGCACUGAGAAGCAUGGAGAUGGGCGAGGAGAUCACCUUGGGGGCAGCCGAUGAACCCUUGAAAGGUUUUGAUUGGAGUCCUGGAACUGAAAGCACCACAAAGGGCAUCUGGAUGUGGAACCGGCCUUUCCUACUGAAUCAUAAAGGGGGGACGAUCGCAGUCUUUCUCCUGGAUUCCGAAGGCUCCUUGGACAUUGGGAGUGACCGAGAAACCUGCAUCAAGCUCUCUGCAUUAUCCUUGUUCCUCAGCUCGCACUUGAUUUUUAAUGUGGCUUCUAAUCUAAAGGAAACUGAGUUAGACUAUAUGGAGAUGUACCUGAAUAUGGGAGAUGAAUAUGGACCAACGAACCUGCAGCAUCUGGAUAUCCUGGUUCGAGACUGGUACAACUCAAAGAAGUGGGACAGAGAUGUGGCCCGUUCCUACAUCAACCUGGAAAUUGAGAAACUCCACAAGUGUAACAGUUACCCCAAAGUUUUAUGGAGUCUGAAAAGCAACCAAACACGUUGCUUUUUGUUGCCCCACCCAGGCAAGGGGAUAACUGUAGAGAGCGAGGGAAGGCUACAAGACAUGGACGAAGACUUCCAGGAAAGCCUGAGAUACUAUGUAUUCGAAUUAGUUAAGAGGGUCUGGACACAUAUUAAGUUGAAUAUAAAUGGAGAAACAUUGACCUCUGCUCACAUACCGUCUAUGUUACAGGACUUUAUGGAAGUUCUUGAUCAGCAAACAUAUGGCUUCUCUUCCCCGAUGGAGAUGUUUUAUGCUAUGAAGAACCAGAAGUUCAUGGGAGACAUUGAAAAUGAGUUUGAAGAGUUUUUGAAAAAUCAGCCUUCCCUCACGUUGCCUCCCACAAUGCGGGUGAUAGUCUCAGAAAAAUCCUCAGAACUCCUCCAGAAAUUCAAGCAGUCUCUACAGGGCAGCAACGCCUCGAGUCACAACGCCAUGCUGAAGGAUCUAGAAACCAGACUGCUGGAGAGACAAGAGAAGUUCCAUACGGACUUCCCCACGCGCUUCAAAAUGAACGCUGCUGGAGUCUGCAUCACCGCGUGCCUCGGGGUUUAUGGUGUCAUGGGAGCUGCAGCAGCCCAAGGGACUGUAGUGCUGGCGGCACAGCCCGUAGUGGGCGAGAAGGCUGUUGCUAUGGAAGUUGCAUCUGGAGCUGUUUCGAUGUUCACAACUGUCAUGUCUGCAGUGCUGGGCAGGUUUUUCCGUUAAGGGGUAAAGCACGAAAUUUGUAUACGGUAGUUGUAUGUCCUGGCAUCCAUUUAAUAAAUGUUGUUUAGCAGUUU